GCAAAUCGACGAAUAGAUGCGGAACAGGGAAAAGGAGAGCAUAGUGGCCUGGCAAAAAUAGGUAGAGGGGGCGGACGUGUGUUGCCCUUCAUCAUUUUAGCACAAUUUUAUACUGUUGCGGUCCCGUUGUAUUUUUUUAUCGAAUUGGACUGGGAUAUACAGUAAACCGCUGUGAAAAUGGCGCAGCCAGACGGCAAGAAAAUAUUCUUUGAGAACCUGUCGGGAGCGGGGAAAGCCAUCGCAGUGCUGACGAGCGGAGGGGAUGCUCAAGGGAUGAAUGCUGCCGUACGUGCCGUGGUUCGAAUGGGGUUAUAUGUGGGAGCAAAAGUUUAUUUCAUUCAUGAGGGAUAUCAGGGUAUGGUGGACGGUGGCGAGAACAUAAAGGAAGCCACAUGGGAAAGUGUCUCCAGCAUGCUACAAGUGGGUGGGACUGUUAUCGGCAGUGCCCGCUGUAAAGAGUUUCGUAGCCACGAGGGACGCCUGAAGGCAGCUCACAACCUGGUGCAGCACGGCAUCACCAACCUGUGUGUGAUCGGUGGAGAUGGCAGCCUGACCGGAGCCAACCUUUUUAGGGAGGAAUGGAGUGGGCUGCUGGGAGAGUUGGCAGAGCAAGGCUUGAUCGAGGCUGAUGCUGUUCAGAAGUAUUCGGCUCUUCACAUCGUCGGGAUGGUUGGCUCCAUUGAUAACGACUUCUGUGGAACUGACAUGACAAUCGGAACUGACUCUGCUCUGCACAGAAUCAUCGAAGUGGUGGAUGCAAUUAUGACAACUGCACAGAGUCACCAGAGAACAUUUGUGUUGGAGGUGAUGGGGAGACACUGUGGCUACCUGGCCUUGGUUAGUGCCCUGGCGUGUGGAGCAGACUGGGUGUUGAUCCCUGAGAUGCCCCCAGAGGACGGCUGGGAGGAAAAGAUGUGUGAAAAACUGUCUGCGAACCGAGCAGGAAUGAAAAGGCUGAAUAUCAUAAUUGUAGCCGAAGGGGCGAUUGAUCGUAGCAACACACCCAUUACCACUGACUAUAUCAAGGAUCUUGUUGUCAAAUGCUUGGGUUUUGACACACGAGUGACAAUCCUAGGGCAUGUGCAGAGAGGAGGGACACCUUCUGCUUUUGACCGCAUUCUGGCCAGUCGUAUGGGUGUGGAGGCUGUUCUUGCCCUUCUUGAGACCACAGCCAACACGCCAGCCUGCGUGGUCUCUCUGUGCGGUAACCAAUCGGUGCGCCUGCCUCUGAUGGAGUGUGUACAGAUGACUCAAGAGGUCCAGAGGGCCAUGGACGGGAAACGGUUUGAGGAGGCUGUUAAGCUUCGGGGCAGGAGUUUUGAAAACAACCUGAGGACAUACAAACUGCUGGCUCAUCGUAAACCAGAAUCCGAACUGCCGGUUAGCAACUUCAAUGUGGCAGUGUUGAAUGUUGGUGCCCCUGCAGCGGGCAUGAAUGCUGCUGUUCGUUCAGCCGUCAGAGUGGGCAUCUCUGAGGGGCACAAGAUGUUUGCUGUCAGUGACGGGUUUGAGGGAUUUUACAAAGGCCAGAUUAAGGAGAUUAAAUGGGCUGAUGUCGGAGGAUGGACGGGACAAGGUGGAUCCCUGUUGGGAACCAAAAGAACACUUCCUGCAAAGCAUAUUGAUAAAAUUGCUGAGCAGAUGCGAAAGAACAACAUUAAUGCACUCCUAAUUGUUGGUGGAUUUGAGGCCUUUGAGAGUCUGCUGCAGCUGUAUGAGGCUCGCUCUGCCUAUGAGGAGCUUUGCAUCCCGAUGUGUAUGCUGCCUGCCACCAUAAGUAACAAUGUACCGGGCACAGAUCUCAGUAUCGGGGCAGACACAGCCCUCAAUGCCAUCGUGGAGACUUGUGACCGCAUCAAGCAGUCGGCCAGUGGGACCAAGAGACGCGUGUUCAUCAUCGAGACCAUGGGAGGCUACUGCGGCUACCUGGCCAGCGUAGGUGGCCUGGCUGCUGGAGCAGACGCUGCCUACAUCUACGAGGAGCCAUUCGACAUCAGAGACUUGCAGGCCAAUGUUGAACAUUUGACUGAGAAAAUGAAGACCAGCAUUCAAAGAGGACUGGUCCUCAGGAAUGAGAACUGUAAUGAAAACUACACCACCGACUUCAUCUACCAGCUGUACUCUGAAGAAGGAAGGGGAGUGUUUGACUCCAGGAAGAAUGUGCUCGGACACAUGCAGCAGGGAGGAGCGCCGUCUCCAUUCGACCGUAACUUUGGGACCAAGAUCUCCGCCAAGGCGAUGCAGUGGGUUAGCAAAAAGCUGCUGGAGACAUUCAGACAGGACGAAGGCCGAGUGUUCGCCAACACCGAGGACUCCUGCUGCCUGCUGGGGAUGCGUCGCAGGGCUCUGGUCUUCCAGCCCGUUGUACAACUCAAGGACGAGACCGACUUUGUUCACAGGAUCCCCAAGGAGCAGUGGUGGUUGAAGCUGCGUCCUCUGAUGAAGAUCCUAGCCAAGUACAAGACCACCUUCGACGUGUCCGACUCCGGACAGCUGGAGCACGUCGUACGCAACCGGCCUAAAGAGUCCGACGCUUCAGUAGCCAUGUGAAGGCCUAAAACAAAAUCCAGUCUGCGUGCAAGACUGAACGUCUGUGAGGAGUCAUCGCGUGUGUAGUAAAAGAGCUCCGGUAAUCAGCAGCCAUCUCUGUUUGGCCACAUGCUGUGUUCAUUUCCUGUCUGUGUCAUUUCCUUAGGUGUCACUCCACUCUGUUUUGUCUCAACAAACUCAUGAACUGUAACCUAGCCUGUGCAGCGCCCUUAAUACCAAACGCCCUCAUGCUCUCGCACACAGCUGUGUGUCCUUGUUGCCCUGGAUGUUUAUUGUCCCCGCGGUUUUAAAAUUGCACUUUCUCUGUGUCCAAUUGCUUAGGCAGGCUCUGAGGCUCAGAGCUGCACGAGGACAGAAUAGACACUGUAUCUAUUGUGUAUAUCUGCCUAGCACCAGUGUGAAGUUCAGCAUAUUUAUUAGAGACUGAUGCAAUAUAGUUCUACUGCUGCAAGUCAAGAGAACUGCGUGCUGUGCUUUACACUGAAACUAAUAUUUAUCUUUUUAACAUUGUUUCUUAUUUUGCUCGUAAACAUGGAUAUUUUAUUAACAGUAGACGCUGCUGUACUGAGUAGCCGUCUGUCAUAAUGCACCAACAAGUUAUAUGUGUACAGUAAGAGACUAAUGUUUCCCACAGAAUAAAAAUCCCACUUGAGAAGUGUACCCUA